UGCCAUGCCAGCAGUGAAAUGUUGUCAUGUGCCUACGUCAGGAGUAAUGUCACAUUUGUCAAAAUAAAACCAUAAUUACAAAAAUGGCUGAGAAAAAGAGAGGCAAGAAAAGAAAAGAUGAGUACGUUCACCCAGGAGAAGAAAUUGAUGACAAACCAACAAAAGAAGAGAUUACCGUCGCCAAAUGGAUGAGAAGUAAUGUUCAGAUCAAGAAAACUAAAUUUGCUAACCACAAUGUGGAAUAUUUUACAGGAGCUCGAGCAGUCGACGCACUCCUUAACUCGCCAUUCGCAACCAAAGAUGAUCCACUCUUCAAGACUCGAGAAGGUAUUGCCGAUUAUCUCCACGUCAUGCUAACGCACAAACUCUUCCAUCGGGCACGUAAAGUACCGGUAGACGAACAAGAAUUGAAAGGAAAGAAAGGCAAGAAAAAAGAAAAAAAAGAUGAUAAAGAGAAGAAAAAUGUUGAUUCUGGAGAAGACGAAAAGAAAAAGGAGAAAGAAAAGGAGAAGGUGACUGACGCCGAAAGCAGUGUCGUCGAAGGUAGCAAGGAUCAAAAGAUUGGGAGUAUACUAUCUCAGUGUAGCUGCAGCUGGCUUCUUGGUAUCGAUUAUUGUUUUAGCUGUUAUCCGUUUAAUAAUAUUCUGUUUGAUAUGGACGGUAUCAAUGGGAAAACAUCAUUUGUGGAUCCUUCCGAAUUUGACGGAAGACGUAGGAUUCUUCGCAUCGUUUUGGCCGCUCUAUACAAUUUAGAAUGA